UUAUUAAUGAUUAAUGUUUGCGGUGAUUGAAACAGAUCAAAUCCGAAAAACUCGUAUAUAUUAAUGAGGUGAUGAAGAGAUUGUUCAAUCAUUAAUUCCUUAGAAUAGCAGGACAAGGUGCUGGUGUGUGAAAGCGGAUCAGCACCCCAAUGGCUUCACCCCGCCUUGUUCCUUUUGUUUUUCUGCUACUUAUUGUUGGGUGCUCUGCUCGAGCUCUUUAUCCACUCCCAAGCAGGAGAAAUGAUAGAAACAGGCAACCAUUACAAACAUUUCGUGCAUAUAACAUUGCACACCGUGGUUCAAAUGGAGAAAUUCCUGAAGAAACCACUGCCGCCUACAUGAGAGCUAUUAAAGAAGGUGCUGAUUUCAUAGAGACAGAUAUUUUAGCCUCCAAAGAUGGUGUUCUUAUAUGCUUCCAUGACGUAGUCCUUGAUGUCACUACUGAUGUGGCCAAUCAUACACAGUUCGCCAGCCGGAAAAGGACCUAUGAGGUUCAAGGGACAAAAAUUACAGGCUUCUUUCCAGUUGAUUUCACUCUAAAAGAGUUAAAGUUGUUGCGAGUGAAGCAGAGAUUUGAGUACCGGGAUCAGCAGUAUAACGGAAAGUUUUCUAUUAUCACAUUUGAAGAAUUCAUUUCAAUUGCUUUGAAUGCACCAAGGGUUGUUGGGAUAUAUCCGGAGAUAAAGAAUCCAGUUUUCAUCAAUCAGCAUGUUAAAUGGCCUGGUGGCAAAAAGUUUGAGGAUAUAUUUGUUGAGACACUAAAAAAGAACGGAUAUGAAGGUACUUAUUUGUCCAAGCAAUGGAUGAAACAACCUGCUUUUAUUCAGUCGUUUGCUCCGACAUCACUUACCUAUGUGUCAAAACUGACCAACCUGCCCAAGAUAUUUCUAAUUGAUGACCUAGCAGUGCCAACUCAAGACACAAAUCAGUCAUACUGGGAGAUCACUUCGGACAAAUAUCUCGACUAUAUCAGGGAAUAUGUUGUGGGAAUUGGGCCCUGGAAGGAUACCAUUGUUCCAGCGUCAAAUAAUUAUCUGCAAACUCCGACCGAUCUUGUAGCCAGAGCACAUGCCCGUAACCUGCAGGUGCAUCCAUACACUUUCCGGAAUGAGUAUUCGUUUCUGCACUUCAACUUCAGCCAAGACCCGUAUAAAGAAUACGCGUUUUGGAUAAACGAGGUAGGGGUUGACGGACUCUUUACAGACUUCACAGGGAGCCUCCAUCAUUACCAGCAAUGGACAAGUCCCUUCCCAGUAGGAGAUGUGGAUGCAUAUAGCCUGCUCGAUAAAAUCGUAGCUAUGAUCACCAAGUUUAGGCAUCCAUAGUGUUGCAUUCUUUGGAUUGGCUUAUCUGCCAUGUAGAGUUUUUAUUUUCUAGUUUUGAUAGUAUCAACUGCUUAUCUGCUUCCCUUGAUAAAAUUAGGAAGGGAGAAUUGUGAAUGCCGGAGAAAAAGUAGUUGAGAAUGCUUUCUCUUCUAGAGAUAGACAUUCCAUUUUGAAUUUCAUUGUAUAUGUAUUAGUGUAAUUCUUUGAGAUUACCCUAAUGAAACUUCGUCUCUUUGGCAUAA